UGAUCUGGAGUUAUCUGGAAUUUAAAGUUGAGUAUUUGGUGUAUUGAAAAUUCAGGACUUCAGGUUAGGGUUUCUGCCCUGUUCUGUCUUUGUUUUAUUCUGGAAAAAGGUGGGGUUUCUUGCUUGAAGUGGCUGAGAUCUAGUGGUUACGUCGUUUUCUGCAGCUUGGUUUGCGUGUUCUGCUUGUUUUGUUGUGGGGGAAACCCUAGGAGGUCCGGUGUGAGCUCAGAAUGUGUGGCUUCACUGGCUUGUGGAAUUAGAGGUUUGAGUGAUUGGUGAUUGAAGUGAAGGGGUUUCGGUUGGUGACGAUCUGGGUCGGAUGGGGUUGAAAAUAAUAGCUUCUUGUUGUGGAACUGGUCUUGAAUGAAGGUUUGGGGGUGGAGAGGGUGGUUUGAUUUCAGUUGCGGAUGAAGGUUUUGAAGCUAAUAUCUGAUUUAUCAUUUAAUAUUUCUGUUGGAUAGUUGAGGCUGUGUGUUGCUUGGAAGAAGACAUUGAACUGCGCGGCUGAUAGAUUCAGGUCAAUUAUUUAUGGGCUGUUUGUUGCUUGGAGUUGAGCAAGAGGUGAAGGGAAGGUAAUGGUUGUUUUGCCGGAAAGGCCAUCUUUUGGAGAAGGUUUUGCUUGUUUCUGAGGUUUAAAGCUUCAGUUUUGGGUAUUGUGUGGGUCGUCUAGUAAACUUCUUCGUGAAAGUCAUACUGAAUCUCCAGAAUGAGGCUCUCUUCUUCCGGUUUCACUCCUCAGGCACAAGAAGGGGAAAAGAGAUGCCUGAAUUCUGAAUUAUGGCAUGCAUGUGCGGGCCCUCUUGUUUCUCUUCCUGCGGUUGGGAGCCGUGUGGUCUACUUCCCUCAGGGUCACAGCGAGCAGGUCGCUGCAUCUACCAACAAAGAGGUGGAUGCCCAUAUACCUAAUUACCCAAACUUACCGCCACAGUUGAUCUGUCAGCUUCACAAUGUUACCAUGCAUGCAGAUGUAGAGACGGAUGAAGUCUAUGCUCAGAUGACAUUGCAACCAUUGAGUCCACAAGAUCAAAAAGACCCUUACCUACCUGCAGAGUUGGGUACCCCCAGUAAACAGCCAACCAACUAUUUCUGUAAGACAUUGACUGCAAGUGACACUAGUACUCAUGGAGGAUUCUCAGUGCCUCGCCGGGCAGCAGAAAAAGUCUUUCCUCCUUUAGACUUCACACAGCAGCCUCCAGCUCAAGAAUUGAUUGCAAGAGAUCUUCAUGACAAUGAUUGGAAAUUCAGGCAUAUCUUUCGUGGUCAGCCAAAGAGGCAUCUUCUUACGACUGGAUGGAGUGUGUUUGUAAGUGCCAAAAGACUUGUUGCUGGCGACUCCGUCCUUUUCAUCUGGAAUGAGAAAAACCAGCUGCUUUUGGGAAUCCGCCGUGCUAAUCGACCACAAACUGUGAUGCCUUCGUCUGUUCUUUCGAGUGACAGCAUGCACAUAGGGCUUCUUGCGGCAGCAGCUCAUGCAGCUGCAACGAAUAGUCGCUUCACUAUAUUUUACAACCCAAGGGCUAGUCCGUCAGAAUUUGUCAUACCACUGGCGAAGUACGUUAAAGCAGUCUAUCAUACCCGUGUUUCUGUUGGCAUGCGCUUCCGGAUGCUGUUUGAGACUGAAGAGUCAAGUGUGCGUCGGUAUAUGGGCACGAUUACUGACAUAAGUGACUUGGAUACUGUUCGUUGGCCGAACUCACAUUGGCGCUCAGUAAAGGUUGGAUGGGAUGAAUCCACUGCAGGGGAGAGGCAGCCGAGGGUUUCCUUGUGGGAGAUUGAACCAUUAACAACGUUCCCGAUGUAUCCAUCACCAUUCCCCCUCAGACUUAAGCGGCCAUGGCCUCCAGGACUGCCCUCCCUCCAUGGCAUCAAGGAUGAUGAUUUGGGCAUUAAUUCUCCACUUCUGUGGCUCCGGGGUGAUGGUGGAGAUAGGGGGAUUCAAUCCCUAAAUUUUCAGGGUAUAGGGGUUACACCUUGGAUGCAGCCAAGGCUAGAUGCCUCCAUGCUUGGCCUGCAACCUGAUAUGUACCAAGCAAUGGCUGCUGCAGCGCUUCAGGAAAUGAGAGCUGGGGAUCCUUCUAAACUCGCAUCUCCAUCCCUUCUCCAAUUCCAGCAACCUCAAAGUGUCCCAAACAGAUCUCUAGUUCAGAGGCAGAUGUUGCAACAACCUCAAUCUCAGCAUGCCUUCCUUCAGAGUGUUCAAGUAAAUCAGGCUCAGGCUCAGGCUCAGGUUCAGGCUCAGGCUCAGGCACAGGCUCAGGCACAUCUUAUUCAGCAACAAUUGCAGCAUCGUCACACAUUUAAUGAUCAACAGCAACCACAGCAGCCACAGCCUCAGCAACAGCAGCAGCAACAAUUGCAGCAUCGUCACACAUUUAAUGAUCAACAGCAACCACAGAGCCACAGCCUCAGCAACCAGCAGCAGCAGCAGCAACAAUUGACUGAUCCCCAGAACCCUAAUGUUGUCUCUGCACUUUCUCAGCUUGUGUCAUCAUCUCAUUCUCAAUCUCCAUCCCUACAGACCAUCUCUUCUUUGUGCGAGCAGACAAACUUUUCAGAUUCCAGUGGGAUCCCUGUAACAACAUCCAGUGUUUCUCCCCUCCACAGUCUUUUGGGUUCAUUUUCCCAUGAUGAAACAUCUCACCUGCUUAAUCUGCCGAGAAGCAAUGCUCUUAUGUCCUCUGCUGUGUGGGUGCCAAAGCGAGUUGCAGUUGAACCUAUUCUCUCUUCUGGAGAAACUAAAUGUGCUCUGUCCCAGGUUGAACAGCUCUGCCCACUACCGCAAACUAGUGUUUCUCAAAAUGCAGUCUCUUUGCCACCUUUCCCAGGUAGAGAAUGUGCAGUAGACCAAGAGAACGGUACAGAUCCCCAAAGCCAUUUUCUUUUUGGGGUCAAUAUUGAUUCCUCCUCUCUUCUAAUGCAAAAUGAAAUGUCAAGUCUACGAGAUGUUGGCAGUGAAAGUGAUUCAAUGACAGUGCCAUUUGCUGCUUCUAAUUUUAUGAAUGCUGCAAGCACUGAUUUUCCGCGUAGUUCAGCUAUGACAACUUCCAGUUGCUUAGAUGACUCAAGUUUUCUACAGUCCCCGGAAAAUGUGGGCCUAGUGAAUCCUCCAACCAGAACCUUUGUUAAGGUUCACAAGUCAGGGUCAUUCGGACGGUCGCUGGACAUCACCAGGUUCAGUAGCUACCAUGAACUACGAAGUGAACUUGCUCACAUGUUUGGCCUUGAAGGCCAGUUGGAGGACCCUAUGAGAUCAGGCUGGCAGCUUGUAUUUGUCGAUCGGGAGAAUGAUGUUCUUCUCCUCGGUGAUGAUCCCUGGCAGGAGUUUGUGAACAAUGUGUGGUGUAUUAAGAUACUCUCACCUCAGGAAGUGCAGCAGAUGGGUCAACAGGGUAGGGAGCUUCUGAACUCGGUCCCAAUCCAAAGGCUCUCUAGUAGCAGCUGUGACGAUUAUGUGAGCCGGCAGGAUUCAAGAAACCUCAGCACUGGGAUUACAUCCGUGGGGUCUAUUGACUACUGAUGAACUCAGACAACAGUUUAGAAAGUGGUCUGCAAGUUUUAUCAGUUUGUCAUUGCCCCACAUUCUGUACUAUUAGCCCUCCUAAGCCUUCCCUGUGAACGGAGCAGGUUAGGAGUAAGUCCUCCUUGAUGGUUACAUAUAAGCUACUUUCUGUAAUUAUUCCGUCGGAUCAAACUUUCCACGUAUAAUACAUUCAACACAUAUUGUAGUAACUGAUGUUUAUGAAGUUCAGCUAUUUGUGUGGUUAUCUUGCA